ACUACUAAUAAGUGUAAUCCGGUGUUUGUUUCGCAUGGUUUAAGUUUAAUAAGAUUAGCCGGUAAUAGCUCCGACAAACCCCUUCGCUAAAAGUUCUUGGCGAGAACCCCAAUUCUCACGGGAUUGCUAAGCCCGUCUUCGGAAUUGCUCGCUCCUCAUUCUCGGUCGUCCUUCUCGCCGGUCCUCCUCGUCGCUGAUCCUUCUCACUCGUCCUACUCCCUCGUCCUGCUCUCCUCAUCUGUUAUCUUUCCCUCGGCCCGUGUUGUUCAUCUUUUCUCCCACUGGCAUUGAUCGAUCUACCUGGCUCCUCAUCGUCAUGCAGCCACCGGUGUUCGUUCUCAAUGGUUAUUCAACAGUGAGGGCCGAUUAUAGCAAGCGGCCCUUUCUAGUCGUGAGCAGUUUAGCUUUGUUUACUGCAAGUAUUGUGUUAUUCAUCCUGGUCUGCUAUAGGGCUUACUCGCCUUUUCCGGCACCAUUGGAGGUAAGUGUCGAGUUGAUUACCAUUUCCCGACUCAGCGCGGCCGGGCCCGAGUGUACUGUUGAAUGGAAGCUGAAGCUCGUAGUCACAAACCCCAACAACAAGGACGGCUUCUACCUCUACUUUGAUGAUCGUCUGCAGGCCACGCUCUUCUUGCACGAUCGCUGGCUUGGCGGCAGCUUUAUGGUGACUACCAAGUCAUUGCCUCCUCCCUUGCUUUUAACCAGCGAGACCAACCAGACGGCCACCUUGAAUUUCAAAAUGCAAACUGAUCGUGCCUACUUAGGUGAAGAGCUCAUCGAGGAAAUCUCCAGAGGGAUAAUCCAAGUCCACCUGAAUGUGAUGACUCGGUAUCGGCUCAUUCCCACCACUUCGAAGCCUGAGGAAUUCCGUCUGUUGCGGCUCUACUGCCCCGGCAUGGGGCUGUGUGAGUUCGAUUCUACCCGUAGCAGGGAAAUCGUUUGACUCUUUAUUAUGUGUUGGUAAAUGUAUUGCUUGCAGUUGACAGACUCGUGUUAUUUAAAAUUUCAAAUUAAUCCAGUGAUGUCUUUUCUUAUCGGAUUUGAUUGCGCAUUACCUACAUUGCUGUUGGGAAAUGGAGGGUUUGGGCUCAUUAAACCGAUUACCUAAUUUAAUGUUUUUAUCUUAUUAAACCGAUUACGUAAUUUAGUGAUUUUAUCUGUUAUAUGGUAGUGAAUCAUGUAACAUUCUUCUUCAUCUUAAUGAUAUACUUGAAGGGAAGCCUGCAAGGUGCAGGGCGAUUUCCUAGUCAUAAUUCCCUCUGCACCUUGUUGUAUUAUGUUGUCAGAGCUGGUGAAGGUAAAAGGAAUUGGAUGUCUGUUUAUCACGGUAUGCUUAUUACAUUUCGUUCUUAUUGUGAAUUCUCCAGAUAUGGUUGAUAUCGCUUUUAGCUUUCGUGGGUAAAGCAAAAAUUCUAGCAACAUCAAACCGAACCAAACAAAAAUGAUGUAUAUAAGCAAAUUGACUGAUUUUAGAUGUUUGAAGAAAAUGCCAGUCCUUUGAAUUAUAGUUGUGGAUGAUAUAGUGCCUUUUGUGUAUGUAUGAUGCGGACAAAACAUGUGUUCUCUCAUCCCCCAACUCCUGAUUAUUUACUCUUUAGGAAUAAUUAGUAGACAGCCCCACAUUUCAUGAAGUUGGCCAUUCUCGGCAGCACAUUUCCUGUCUUUCCAUGCUCGGGUAAUUUGAUCAGUCGGCUAGUUGCCUUUUGAACUCUUGCACUUCAUCUUGUUAUGCUUCUCAAGAUUCCUUGCCAUGCUCUUCAUUAAUCAUCUGACACCCUGAUUGUUGUUGUAGUGGAAGAUUUGAUAUCCUGUAUUCAUAGUAUCCGUUAUACAAUAGCGUUGCUUGUGCUACCUUUUGCUUUGGAUCUAUCUGACUACUUUGGUGCGACGGUUAUUGAAGUUCUGACUUGAUUUGUUUGAGGGCAAGCAGGGUGUGAAAGGGUUUCUGGAUGUGGUUGAGUUCAGGCUUAUGCAUGUCCUUUGGGAUGCAACUUUGGCCUAUAAAGCUGAAGCUUUACAGUUGGCAGAGGCAGCGUAGACAUCUGCAUUCUCAAUUUGACAUGCUUACUCGUCAGGCUUCUGUUGUACUCGUCAGCCAGUGUUGCUUUCACUUAGCAGAUCUUAAAAAAUCACAUCAUCAGCGUGUCUCUGAGUUUCAACGAAUUCGUUCAAUUUUUGGGACAAGUGAAAGACAAUGGGUGGAAGCUCAAGUUGAGAAUGCUCAGCAGCAAGCAAUUCUAAUGGCACCUAAAUCUCAAGUAUCAUCAGAUGAAGCGCACAUCCAUCUUGAUCUCCAUUCCCUCAGGAGAAAGCAUGCAGAACUUGUUGGAGAAUUAUCAAAUUCUUAUCACAAGGAAGAAAAAUUAUUAUCUGAGGUUUGUAUGUGUUCUUGGUUUUCAAGUUUCCUACAUUUACUGUUAUAUCCAAAUUUCCAAAAUCUUCUGCAGAAAAAAAGUUGGAUUCUAGUUGUAGUCAUUGAGAGGACCCGGAUGACGAAAGGAUCAUGGACAUGCUACCUACUAAUCACGUUGCUUGUAUACUUUCUUUAUUCCCUGGAGGUUAUCCCACCAUCAUCACAUGUGCACUCUAAUUCAAGGUUUGCAGCAGAUGCUAUUUGCAUCUUCGACAACUGCGCAAGCUAUACUAACUGACACCACGGCAAUUAAUGAAAGAGCUUGAUGAAGUGGAGAAGAUUAAUGCAAAACUCUCUACUGCAGUUGAAGAGGUGACGCUGGAGCAUCGUUAGAAAAAAUGAGGUAACUGUUCGGAUGAUAAAGAAGAUGUUCAUGGAGAUAAUGCCGAAUGAAAGCGGUGCCAAAAACCGAGGGGCUUGCACCUGCAAUUUCACUUUCGGACAGCGCAUUGAAGCACUUCAAUAAAAUGAGGUCUGAAGGCUUUCUAUUCUCCAAAGUAUUUGUUAGAAAUUACAUUUACAUAAAUUUUGUGAAUAUUUUUUGUCUAUCUAACAGAGUUUUGUGGUAGCAGUUUGUGUUGGGAAAGGAAAGAUUUUUAAAUUUCAUUUUUACUUGUGUACGUGUGUUAAAUUUUUCCCUUCUUCGUUAUAGAAUUGAAUCAAAUUGUGAGGUGCAUGAAUGAGCUGGAGAGGAAGGUGCAUAAGUCACUCUAUUAUAGGUAUAAUACUCGUUAUUGAUUGUUUUCCCUUCUUCGUUAAUUGGAAUCAAAUUGUGGUUUAUGAUAUUCUAUCAAUGAAAAAGUGAAUCACACCCCCAAGCAUCUGUCAGUUCUAGAGAUCUCAGUACGUAUCUAAAAUUUGCAUAAGACACUGGUGGAAAAAUGUCUUUAACGAUUUACUUUCAUAUGCAUAGGCUUGACUUCUGAAAAUUUAUCCUGCAAAGCUAUGGUUCUUAAGCCUACAAUGUCUGAAAAUGUAUCCUGCAAAGCUAUGGUUUAUAAGUCUACAACAUCGAUAAGGAUAAUGCAUAUAUAUCACAAAAAAAAAGAUUAGAUCAAACUUAAUUAUCUUUCAAUGAAUUACGAGAUAUAUCUAAUUCAAUCAGCAAUUUGAGUUGACUAAUACUUUCUUGAAGAGUUCUGUUAAACUGGGAUGAGACCUGAUAUUGAACUUCCAGAAAGAUAAAGGUGGUUUAAAUUUCUCAACUUUCUAACAUGAUCAUCUGUAAAAUGGCCUGAAAGAUUAUUAAACCCCAACGACAAUGACUCUAUUCUCUCCAAACUACAAACAAACAAACUCUCAAAGAUAUCGGAUGUAUCUCCAUUUAAAUUGUUGUUUGAUAGAUCAAGAUCCUUCAACUUCACCUCACUAAUCCCAGAUUUCAGCAGGAUUUCCACCUCUUUGAUUGGGAUUUCUACAACAGUAAUACUUAGCUGGGUGGUAAGAUAAAUCCUUCCAUUUGAAGCAUCCUAACUAUUGGACUUGAAUUACAACAAUUUUCAAGGAUUGCAGGUUCUCCAAAAACCCAUUUAGGUGGGGAUUUGAUUCCAUAUUGUUUACACAUCUAUCUUGAUGCUGUCUUGCAAAAUCCGGUAGUUAAUUCCAAGUUUAUUAAUUGAUGUGCUAUUAGAUACUUUUUUUCGUAAAAUUAGAUAGUUUUUUGUGAAAAAAAUUAUUUACAAUUUAGUAAUUUGAUUGCUCCUUUAGCUGUACGAACUCAGUAAAAGUUUCAGGUUGUGGACUCUGAACUGUUGAAUCUCUACUGUUUCUUCUGUUUGUCCAAUUGUUGUCAUUAUUCCAAUUGGGUAAUUUUGGGUUUUUCACUAUGUUUAUUUGUUUACUGAUAAAGUUGAGGAAAACAGAGCCACAUCAAGCUUCGUAGACAGGAUGCACGAGUUUCCUGAGAUGAUAUGUUUAUUCCUUCAUUUGGGCAAACACAAACACCCAAAAACGUAGAUUUGUCUUCCACUUCUUCCAAAUGUAAUUUUUCAUAUUUUUUUGUUUGUUUUGAUUUGUUCAAUUUGUUGAAUUUUUGAAAUCACUUAAUGAAAUAAA